AUGCGGAAGACUCUUUUCCUUGCGUCACUCGUCGGCCUUGUUGCCGCCGAGGACGGCCUCGACGGCUGGCUGCGCUAUGCCAGGCUUCCGGAGUACGCCUCCGCUGGCUUUGCAGGCUCACUACCAUCCACGGUUGUCGGACUCAAUGCAACAGAGAACGGCCCAAUAUCUUCGGCUCUGUCUGAGUUGAAAAAGGGUUACCGUGGCAUUUUCGGCAAGGAGAUCACCGCUGGCCAACAAGCGUGCAAUGGCUCCUCCAUCGUCGUUGCUACCCUCGACGACUAUGUUUCCACAUGCGGCGCCAACGAUUUGGAGGCGGACCUAAUCGAAGAUGGUUUCUGGCUCAGCGUCAAGGGCGAUUCGGUCAAGAUUCUGGGACAAAACGAGAGGGGUGCUCUGUAUGGCGCAUUUGAGUACUUGAGCUUGCUGGCUCAGGGCAAUUUCAGCGAGGUUGCGUAUGCUACAAACCCGUCUGCCAACAUCCGCUGGGCCAAUCAAUGGGACAACAUGGACGGCACUGGAACUCACGGCAGCAUUGAGCGUGGUUAUGGCGGAGUCUCCAUCUUCUUCGAAAACCUCAAAGUCGUCUCCGACAUGACCCGCGUCUCUCAAUACGGCCGUCUAUUGGCUUCCGCAAGAAUCAACGGAAUUAUCGUCAACAACGUCAACGCGAACCCAAUCCUCCUUUCUUCGGAGAACAUGGACGGGUUGAAGAGAAUCGCCGAUGCCUUCAGACCUUGGGGCGUCCAAGUCGGUAUUUCGAUGAACUUCGCUUCACCCCAGACCUUUGGCAACCUGUCAACUUUCGAUCCCCUCGAUGAGUCCGUCAUCGCCUGGUGGGGCAACAUCACCGAGCAGCUGUACUCGCGCAUUCCAGACCUGUGCGGAUACCUUGUCAAGGCCAACUCGGAGGGUCAGCCAGGCCCGAUCACAUACAACCGAACGCUCGCGGAUGGCGCAAACUUGUUCGCGAGAGAGCUCAAGAACCAUGGCUUCCAGAAAGGCAUCGUCAUGUUCCGUGCCUUCGUCUACGAUCAACUGGACUGGACCGAUUGGCACGCGGACCGAGCGAACGCCGCUGUGGAGUUCUUCAAGGAGUUGGAUGGCAAGUUUGAUGACAACGUUGUCGUGCAAAUCAAAUACGGUCCCAUCGAUUUCCAGGUCCGCGAACCUGUGUCGCCGCUCUUCGCCAACCUCCAGCACACCAACAUGGCUAUCGAGCUCCAGAUUUCCCAAGAAUACCUAGGCCAGCAGGACCACCUGGUUUACCUGCCUCCGCUUUGGAAGACCAUUCUUGAUUUUGACCUGCGCAUCGACGGCCAGCCGUCUGUUAUGCACGACAUUCUGUCAGGCAAGCGCUUCAACAAGACUCUCGCCGGAUACGCUGGUGUUAUCAACGUCGGCGCCAACUCGACUUGGCUCGGCAGCCACUUGGCCAUGUCCAACCUCUACGCAUACGGUAGACUAGCAUGGAGCCCCACCGAUGAUGUUGUCGCCAUCGUUCAAAACUGGACCCGUCUGACUUUCGGCCUCAAUCCCAACGUCGUCGACACCAUCACGAAGAUGUCAAUGGAAAGCUGGCCUGCCUAUGAAAACUACAGCGGUAAUCUGGGUAUUCAAACACUUACAGAUAUACUUUAUGCGCAUUACGGACCGUCAGCGACGAGUAUGGAUAAUAAUGGCUGGGGGCAGUGGACGAGGGCAGACGGUUUCAGCAUCGGUAUGGACAGGACCGUUAAAAACGGUACCCGAAACGCUGGGCAGUAUCCAGCCGAGGUCGCUGAGGUAUACGAGAACAUCGAGACAACUCCAGAUGACCUGCUGCUUUGGUUUCAUCACGUUCCUUACACUCACAGGCUUAAGAGUGGUAAGACCGUCAUUCAACAUUUCUACGACGCCCACUACGAGGGCGCAGCCACUGCUCAAACCUUCGUACCAAUGUGGGAGUCUCUCAAAGGCCAAAUCGAUGAGGAGCGCUACGAACAUGUCCUUUUCAAGCUGAAGUACCAGGCCGGUCACUCUCUCGUCUGGCGUGACUCCAUCAACAACUUCUACUGGAAUAAGUCCAGCAUCGCCGACGAGGCGGGUCGUGUGGGCAACUACAAGUACCGCAUUGAGGCCGAAAGCAUGACCUUGGACGGAUACAAGGUUGUCGAUGUUGACCCCUUUGAGGCGGCAUCUGGCUAUAAGGCUAUCGUUACGAGCUCCAACACCACUACCGGGACGGCCAGUGCAGUCGUUGACUUUGAGUCCGGUACCUAUACUCUGGCUGUCAACUACUUCGAUGUGAUCAGGGGCAAGUGCUCAUACGUUGCUUACAUCAACGACAAGGUGGUUGGCCAGUGGAGGGGUAAUGGCGAGGAGAGGUUGGGUCACUGGCCGUCUGAGUUCUUGGACGGACACUCGGCCAUUCGAAUCAAUUUCCCCGGCGUCGAAGUCAAGAAGGGAGAUACUUUGAAGAUUGUUGGAACACCCGACGGACCCGAGGUGGCGCCGCUGGACUAUGUCAGCUUCUUGCCCGAUGGCAUCAUUGAUUAA